GUCACUUCCUUCCUGGAUGCAGUUUUCUGGACGAGUCUGGCUACUUUUAAUCCCACCGGCCGGCCACAGGGAGCCACUUUCUCCUCCUCCUCCUUCGCUUCCUCCACCUUCCUCCUCCUCUUUCUCCUCCUCCUCUUCCAGCGGCUUCGGUGCGCGCGCGAAAGCGCGAUCCCGUGCGCGCCUCCCCCUCGCUCUCCCCCCUCCCGCUCGCGCACACACGCACACUUCGUCUCCAGCUCUCUGCUCGCUCGGCUCGCAGUCACAGACACUUGAGCACACGCGUACACCCAGACAUCUUCGGGCUGCUAUUGGAUUGACUUUGAAGGUUCUGUGUGGGUCGCCGUGCCUGCAGCUUUGAAUCAGGUGGAGAAGCACUUCAAGGCUGGAUGAAGUAAAGAUUAUUGUUAUUUUUUUUCUCUUUCUCUUCCUCUUUUAAGAAAGGAAAAUAUUCCAAGGACUAAUCUGGUCGAGUCUUCCUUCAUGAACGAAUGCGAGGAAUUGGGAACUGAGCUGUGCACGUGCUGAAGAAGGAAACUUGUGUGAAGGAGACAGGAAAGAGAAAGAAAAGGAAGGAAAAAAUACAUAAUUUCAGGAACGAGAGAGAAAAGAAACACGGGGGCCAUGGGGAGAAAAAAGAUUCAGAUCACGAGGAUUAUGGAUGAGCGUAACAGGCAGGUGACAUUUACGAAGAGGAAAUUUGGGUUGAUGAAGAAGGCUUACGAGCUGAGCGUGCUGUGUGACUGUGAGAUUGCACUGAUCAUCUUCAACAGUACCAACAAGCUGUUCCAGUACGCCAGCACCGACAUGGACAAGGUACUGCUCAAGUACACGGAGUACAAUGAGCCUCACGAGAGCCGGACGAACUCUGACAUCGUGGAGACAUUGAGAAAGAAGGGCCUUAAUGGCUGUGACAGCCCAGAUCCCGAUGCGGACGAUUCAGUAGGUCACAGCCCUGAGUCUGAGGACAAGUACAGAAAAAUUAACGAAGAUAUUGAUCUAAUGAUCAGCAGGCAAAGAUUGUGUGCUGUUCCACCUCCCAACUUUGAGAUGCCGGUUUCCAUCCCCGUGUCCAGCCAUAACAGUUUGGUAUACAGCAACCCUGUCAGCUCACUGGGAAACCCCAACCUUCUGCCACUGGCUCACCCUUCUCUGCAGAGGAAUAGUAUGUCUCCUGGUGUAACACACAGACCUCCGAGUGCAGGUAACACAGGUGGUCUGAUGGGUGGAGACCUCACAUCCGGUGCAGGCACCAGCGCAGGGAAUGGAUAUGGCAACCCCCGAAACUCACCAGGUCUGCUGGUCUCACCUGGUAACUUGAACAAGAAUAUCCAAGCCAAAUCUCCUCCCCCUAUGAAUCUAGGGAUGAAUAACCGGAAGCCAGAUCUCCGAGUUCUUAUCCCACCGGGCAGCAAGAACACCAUGCCAUCAGUGUCUGAGGAUGUGGACCUGCUGUUGAAUCAAAGGAUAAAUAACUCCCAGUCGGCUCAGUCAUUGGCUACCCCAGUGGUUUCCGUAGCAACUCCUACUUUACCAGGACAAGGGAUGGGAGGCUAUCCAUCAGCCAUUUCAACAACAUACGGUACUGAGUACUCGCUGAGCAGUGCAGACCUGUCGACUCUGUCUGGCUUCAACACUGCCAGUGCACUUCACCUCGGCUCAGUAACUGGCUGGCAGCAGCAGCACCUACAUAGCAUGCCACCAUCUGCCCUCAGCCAGUUGGGAGCUUGCACUAGCACUCAUUUAUCUCAGAGUUCAAAUCUCUCCCUGCCUUCUACUCAAAGCCUCAACAUCAAGUCAGAACCUGUUUCUCCUCCUAGAGACCGUACCACCACCCCUUCGAGAUACCCACAACACACGCGCCACGAGGCGGGGAGGUCUCCUGUUGACAGCUUGAGCAGCUGUAGCAGUUCCUACGACGGGAGCGACCGAGAGGAUCACCGGAACGAAUUCCACUCCCCCAUUGGACUCACCAGACCUUCGCCGGACGAAAGGGAAAGCCCCUCAGUCAAGCGCAUGCGGCUCUCUGAAGGAUGGGCGACAUGAUCACAUUAUUACUUAAUAGUUUUUUUUUUUUCUUGCAGUGUGUGUGUGUGCUAUACCUUAAUGGGGAAGGGGGGUCGAUAUGCAUUAUAUGUGCCGUGUGUGGAAAAACAAAAAACAAAAAAAACGUCAGGUACUCUGUUUUGUAAAAGUACUUUUAAAUUGCCUCAGUGAUACAGUAUAAAGAUAAACAGAAAUGCUGAGAUAAGCUUAGCACUUGAGUUGUACAACAGAACACUUGUACAAAAUAGAUUUUAAGGCUAACUUCUCUUCACUGUUGUGCUCCUUUGCAAAAUGUAUGUUACAAUAGAUAGUGUCAUGUUGCAGGGUCAACGUUAUUUACAUGUAAAUAGACAAAAGGAAGCAUUUGCCAAAAGCGGCAGAUCUUUACUGAAAGAGAGCAGCUGUUAUGCAACAUAUAGAAAAAUGUAUAGACGUUUGGACAGACCCGGCAAGGGGUGGCCAUUGGUAAGUGUUAGGAACAUGCCUGGUCACCUGACAUCCCGAGGAUGCUCACAAACCUGCAGGCAUUUCAUUGGCGUAUGGCACUCAUUCAAAAGGAUCAGAAACCAUUCAAAGAGGACCAUACCUACUUUAAAAGAAAAGAAAAGAAAAAAAGCAAAAACAAAAACAAAAAAAAAACAAAAACAAAACAAAAAAAAGCAGUGUGGCGUUUGAGAGCUAACGUAUUUAAUUAAAUAAAUAAAUCUGGGUCUGCAUCUCUUAUUAAAUAAAAAAUAUAAAAAUAUGUACAUUACAUUUUGCUUAUUUUCAUAUAAAAGGUAAGAAAGAGUUUGCAAAGCAUUUGUGGCUUUUUGUAGUUUACUUAAGCCAAAAUGUGUUUUUUCCCUCAAUAGCUUCGCUAAUAUUUUAAACAGUCCUGUAAAAACCCACAGAGGACUUUUUGUAUAGGAAGCACUACCCUAAGCCAUGAGGAACUCCAUGCUUUGCUAACAAGAUAACUGUUUUCUCUUUGUAGAAGUUUUGUUUUUGAAAUGUGUAUUUCUAAUUAUAUAAAAUAUUAAGAAUCUUUUAAAAAAUCUGUGAAAUUAACAUGCUUGUGUAUAGCUUUCUAAUAUAUAUAAUAUUAUGGUAAUGGCAGAAGUUUUGUUUUCUUAAUAGCGGGAGGGGGGCAUAUUUGUGCAGUUGCACAUUUGAGUAACUAUUUUCUUUCUGAUUUCUUUUACUCUGCAUACAUUUUAUAAGUUCAAGGUCAGCUGUCAAAAGGAUAACCUGUGGGGUUAGAACAUAUUACAUUGCAACAUCCUAAAUUGUUUUUGAACCGUCAACAAAUUAUUGGGUCAACUGACAUCCAUUGUAUAUACUAAUUGGUUUCUUUCAAACUAUUUUUUUUUUUUUUUUGCAUUUUAUCAAAAGCAGGGCCCCUUUCAGAUCUCUCCAUUUCACCACGCAUCUUGGAAUUCAGUAAGUUCAUAUCCUAACUUGCCCAUAUUCUAAAUUUACAUAGUUCAUGUUCAGCCUUGAAUUUGAUGUUUCUUAGAAAUAUGCCCAGAGUAAGAAGCUGUGUUGGGUCACAUGUCCUGCAAGUUGGGCCCUAGAAACAAGAGAUGUGAGUUUACUUGGUGGAUAAGUUACAGAUUUCUGUAGAGGAAAAAUGUGAAGGACUGGGUGCUAGAAAGGAGGGAACAGCUAAAGGGUAGUUACUUGUCAUCCCCCCUCGAGAUGUUAACUGACCCAUAACACUCUUGUCAGCAGUACAGGACUGUUGAGCAGCCUGGCGUGUCAGGACCCCCAAUGUCACUUCUGCAUAAAGCAUGUAUGUCAUCUAUUUUUCCUUCAAUAAAGAGAUUUAAUAGCCAUUUCAAGAAAUCCCAUUAAAAAAACUUCUCUAUGUCCCUUUUUUUUUUAAUUUUCAAGAUAAUUUAACUCUUGUCUAAUAUUCGUGUGCAAGGGAUUAAUUUUCAGACCCUUUAAAAGUGAGUGCCAUAAAGAAUCAAUAUAUAGUGUUUAAGUGAUAUUUCAGGCGAGGAAAUUAUUUCCUUCUCUUGGAAUGUGAAGAUCUGUCGAUUCAUCUCCAGUCAUCAAUACUGACAAGCAGAGCAAAGAAUAUGGUAAUAUCAGUUCUGCUAGAUCAUGUGUAGGACAUGUUCAUCCAGUUUCUUUCUCUCCUUUUACCUGCUAUGCGUUUCUCACUGUAAAAGGCUGCCGCUGGGUGGCAGAGGCCAAAAGACCUUAUUAAUGAGGCUAUAUUUUUCUUAACUUGAUCUGCAAUCCAUAAUUAGACCACGAUGCACCUUUGAUUGUAUCCGUAUAGGAUGCUAGACUGCCUUGUAGUAAUGUUUUAUAUAUAAAAAACAAAAUAAAGACAUUGAUCAUUUCAUAUAUAUCCCACUACUAAAGGUAUCCAUGGAACAUGAAGACUAGUAUUUAUGCAGAGAAAAAAAACAGGAAAUCAUCCCUACAAAUAUGGUUAUCUAUAUACCUGUUCGAGUGUUUGUGUAUGCACACAAACAUGCACAUGAAGUGAAAAGGAAAAUGAGUCAUUACUUCACUCUAGACUUAAUUCCAUCCUGAUGAUUCAUGUUUAUAACUUAAUAUGUAUUAAAUAUGCAAGCAUAUCACAAAUGUUCAUUGUCAUUUCAAAAUGCAUUUGUUUAUCAGUAUCAAUAGAAUCUUGCCAGUGGGUGGGAAAGGGUCAUAUAAAAAUAUGAAGAAAUAGCCAUAUUGAAUUUUUACCUGCCAUUUGCCUCGGCAACAAAGCGAACAUGAGUUUCUAAUGCUAAAGACAGAGUACGCUAACGUGCCAGCAGAGGCCUCCGACAUUUAUAGCAGUUCUGACAGUAGUUUUUACAAACUCCAGAAGAACAGACUCACUUGAAAAUGGAUGCCAGCCCCUCCUUCCCACUACUGAUUUCAAAGCAGUAGCAGAUAGCGAAGGGAUAAUCUAAGAAUUUUUAAAGAGGAUUCAAUGAGAAGCACAAUUUUUAUUGUGGCCAGUUACAUUCUAUGAACAGUCACUGUCUGUCUAUCUUUACACUUCUGCCUUUUCUGUAACUCACCACUUACUGUAUCUGCAAAUCAAGUACGGUUUUUAAUCACAGAAAGUCCUUUGAAUCCCAAGGUCUGGGGCAGAGCUCUGAGGGAUUAUUAUUUGACAUUACCUGGCCUAGAGUAGCAUUUUAGACAACAUUCAUCAUUGCAAGUAGGAGAACUGUAAGUGGCGUCUCACACGGCUGCAAGUAUCGUUAUACCUAAUCCUGUUUUAAAAGAAUUUUGGUAACAGUAAGCUGAAAAAAUACUGGUAAUGGUGUUGCAGUCUAUAGGAGCUGCACAACCUGUACACUGUACACAUUGAUGUGUGGAGGCUGUUUAUUUCAACCUUUUUUAAAAUUGUGUUUUUUAGUAAAAUGGCUUAUUUUUUCCCAAAGGUGGAAUUUCACGUUUUGUAAUGAUGAAUAUGAAAAUGCUUGUCAUCUUUAGAUCAUUUAAAGGUUAACUAAAGUGAGGAUUGCAAAACAAAUCCCAAUACACUUUCUGAAAGCAUGUCUGCCCUCUCUCACCUCUCUGUAUUUGUUCUUUGGCAUACUUACCCUUUACCUUAGAGAUACUGUUUUGCUCCCUUGAUCCUUUCACUUGUCCCCCCCCCCCCCCAGAGUAAAUGCUUUGUAUUUCUUUCUUUAAAAAAUUUUUUGAAGAAGCCACUUGAACCUUCAAUAAAGGCUGUUGCCUAAGCAUGGCAUACUUCAUCUGUUCUCAUUUGUGCCAUCUGCUACGGUGUCGUCACUUGUAUGGCGCUAAUUUCCUGCCACUACAGAUCUUUUGAAGAUUGCUUGAAUCCUGGUUUCUGUUAGACUGCUUCAGACUGCAGAUGUAAUUAAAGGCUUUUCUUACUAUGUUUUAACCAAAGAUGUGGAGCAAUCCAAGCCACAUAGCUUCUGCAUUAAAUUUGUCCAUUUUGGUUAUUUCCGUAAUCCGGUAUUACAUUUUGCCUUCCCUGUUCAUACCUCAAAUUGAUUCAUACCUCAGUUUAAUUCAAGGAGGUUGGCUAAGUGAUGGAUCCUGUCGGGUUAAAUUUAGGGGUGUACUCUGGCAGCAAACAGACCGGGGGCACUGUAGGCAGAGGACUUGGAUUGCUUCAGAUGGUUUGCUGUAUCAUUUUUCUUCUUUUUCCUUUUCCAAGGACUUGUUUCUAUUCAAUGAGAGUAAUUAAAAAUAGCUUGUAAAUGAGGGCAUACAAGCAUUUGCAACACGUAUUCCAACAGAGGCUCACAGCGGCAUAAGCUGGACUUUGUCGCCACUAGAUGACAAGAUGUUAUACCUAAGUUAAACCACAUCUGUGUAUCUCAAGGGACUGAAAUUCAGCUGUCUGUAGUGAAUUAAAGUGGGAAAUUUUCAAGUUUCUCCUGCUGGAAAUAAGGUAUCAUUUGUAUUUUGCAGACAAUUCAGUAAAGUUACUGGCUUUCUUAGUGA